AUGGAAAUGGAUCCGCCACCGGCGAGGGGAAGGAGAUAUGAGUGGGAGACGGCCAGGCGUCGCCUUAGGCAGGAAUCCUUGGAAAGAUAUUGGGACCCUAACCAGCACCAGCCUGACCACGAGGCCGUCCGCGCCGGCGAAUAUUACGCCUACAACAGGAUAUGGGACACCGAGGAGAUCAUCGAAUCGAUAAGAGGGGACUUAAGGUGGCCGCUCGACGUGUUUGGCAUGGUCAUUGCUCGCGACGUCUUGGACAUUGAUCGCAAGCGCAAUAUCAUCUUCGCUCGCCCAAGGAGUAACCCUCAAACCAUCACGGAGGAGCAUCCAUAUCUAGAACUCACGGGUCCAUCCCGUGCCGUCGUGACAUCUGGCGAUCCAGGGAAAAUCGAGAUCGUGCUCAAAGUUAAGGGUGCAACUGAACCUGAUGAUAGAGAUCUAAGUCUUCUUGUCUUACCGUUGAAGAAUCGUAUGUAUUGUGAAUAUGACAGAUAUUACACUAGCAAGCAUAGCACGAUGGAGCUAACUUUCUGGCACAUUGACAACUCUGUGGAGGCGACAAUCGGUGCACGCCUUAUUGGUGGAUCAUCAUGGCCACAUGGUUUGCAAGGCGUAAUGGUCGCUCGUAUUUCCGAUAUGGAAGAUGCCGAAGUUUCUUUGCUUGCCUUUGGAGGAGGUAAAUUGCAUGUUGUUGCUGAUGAUGGCAUGAUCAAGCUCACACGACGUGUUGUUUCUGUUGAACAUCGUGAUGGAGAGCUGCAAGUUUCUAUCGCUGCACGGUGUGAAAAUGAUGAACAAGUUAUCAGUGUGAGAGAUGAUAUAGUUUUCACACCCAAGAAAAAUGGCAGAACUAGUGGUGUGCUUAAUGUUGGCGCAUGUAAGAUCCAGCUCACUGUUGCCUGGUCACUUUUCAAUUAA